UGUGCAGUUGCUUCUGUCUCUAUGCAAGCAUCUCCUUCUCUGUGCUGCAUGCUAGAGGAGCUGAGCUUUGCCUGGGUCUUUGAUUCAAGAAGAAGCCUUUUUUUUUUUCCUCCAUGCAGCAAGCAGAAGAGGUGACCCUCUCCAUCUUUGUGUGUCUGCAGACUACAGAACCCCAGAGCCCGGCAGGAUCUCCGCAGAGCCCUGAGAUCUGAUUUGGUGGUGGUGGUGGUGGGGUGGGGGGGGGUCUUGUGCCUUGAUUGCUGGGAUCCUUAGGAGCAGCUCCACAGAACACACACAAAGGAUGCACUGAGCAGUCGUGAAUUGCUCUCUGUUCCCAGAGCAGGAAGGAUUAAAGAAUGAAUGAAAGGCACAGCUCAGUGCAGAGAAUGAGGCAGACCCUAUUUCCACAAUGAGGUUUCCUUCUGUGCGGUGCAUCUCCAAGUCCUGGCCAGUGAGGGGCCUUGACCCCCAGUCUCUGUGACCGGCUUCCCCCUAUCUGGGCAGAGCCUGGAAUCCCCAGCCUGCUGCAAUGGGUGGGUUCUGAACGCUGGUAAUGAGGAGCACUGGGGUCAGCCCACCCUGGAGAUGCUGAAGAGAAGGGACAUUCUGGCUAUUGUACUGAUCGUUCUGCCCUGGACUUUGCUCAUCACAGUAUGGCACCACAGUACUCUGUCCCCGCUGCUCAAUGCACACAAGGAGGACGGGAGUGAUGGCCGGAGGGAUGCCAAUCCAGGCUCAGAUUCCAGGGAAUAUUGUUCUUCGGAGAGGGAUAUCGUAGAAGUUGUCAGGACUGAGUAUGUAUAUACACGGCCCCCACCUUGGAUGGGUAACCUCCCAACCAUCCACGUCAUCACCCCCACCUACAGCAGACCGGUUCAGAAGGCCGAACUGACCCGUCUAGCCAACACGUUACUGCAUGUCCCCAACCUGCACUGGAUCCUGGUGGAGGACUCUCAGCGGCGCACCCCUCUGGUCACCCGGAUGCUGCAAGACUCUGGUCUCAAUUACACCCACCUUAACGUGGAGACGCCACGUAAUUAUAAACUAAGAGGGGACACCAGGGACCCCAGAAUACCCCGCGGGACUAUGCAGAGAAACCUGGCCUUACGGUGGCUCAGAGAGACAUUUAACAAAAACAUCAGUUUGCCCGGAGUGGUGUAUUUUGCAGAUGACGACAACACUUACAGCCUGGACCUCUUCGAGGAGAUGCGAAACACCAGGAAAGUGUCGGUGUGGCCCGUGGCUUUUGUUGGAGGAUUGCGGUACGAGUCUCCCAAAGUCAACUCCGCGGGGAAGGUCUAUGGGUGGAAGACCGUUUUCGACCCGCACAGGCCGUUUGCAAUAGACAUGGCCGGCUUCGCCAUCAAUUUGCGGCUAAUACUUCAGCGACCGCAGGCGUAUUUCAAGUUAAGAGGGGUGAAAGGAGGUUACCAGGAAAGCAGUCUGCUGCGGGAGCUGGUGACCCUCAACGACCUGGAACCAAAAGCUGACAAUUGCACUAAGAUUUUGGUAUGGCACACGCGGACGGAGAAACCAGUUCUGGUGAAUGAGGGGAAGAAAGGCUUCACAGACCCCAAUGUGGAAAUCUGACAACAGA